AAGGCGGGGCCGGUGGAGGGAGAGGGGGGCGGCCAAGAUGGCGGCGGCGGCGGUGGCGGGGUGAGGCGGCGGUGGCGGCGAUGAUGUCCGGGGCGGAGGAUCGUGAGGCCGGCGGGGGCCCGGCCGCCCCCUCCGCCCCCUCCGCGGCCCUCCCCGGCCCCGCGGCGGCGGCGGCAGGCGGCCCGGGCGAGGCGGGAGGCGCCGAGGAGGCGGGUUCGCUGCUCGGUGGGGCCCGGCCUCACGGCGAGGCGGGCGCCGACCCCGACGCGCCGCCCAAGAAACGGUUGAGGGCGGCGGGGACGGGAGCGGGGGGGCCCGAGGGGGCGGCGGGCAGCGUCAAGCUGGAGGAGCGGCUCUACUCCGUCCUGUGCUGCACCGUCUGCCUCGACCUGCCCAAGGCCUCGGUCUACCAGUGCACCAACGGGCACCUGAUGUGCGCCGGCUGCUUCAUCCACCUCCUGGCGGACGCGCGGCUAAAGGAGGAACAAGCCACUUGCCCGAAUUGCCGCUGCGAGAUCAGUAAGAGCCUCUGCUGCCGCAACCUGGCCGUGGAAAAAGCCGUCAGCGAGCUGCCCUCCGAGUGCGGCUUCUGCAUGCAGCAAUUCCCCCGCUCCCUCCUGGAGAGGCACCAGAAAGAGGAAUGCCAGGACAGGGUGACCCAGUGCAAAUACAAGCGGAUCGGGUGCCCGUGGCAGGGUCCCUACCACGAGCUGACGGUGCACGAAGCCGAAUGCACCCACCCCACCAAAACCGGCAACGAGCUGAUGGAGAUUUUAGACGAAAUGGACCAAACGCGGAAAAAAGAAAUGCAGCUUUAUAACAGCAUCUUCAGCCUGCUCAGCUUCGAGAAGAUCGGCUACACAGAGGUGCAGUUCCGGCCGUACCGCACGGACGACUUCAUCACGCGCCUGUACUACGAGACGCCGCGGCUGACGGUGCUGAACCAGACGUGGGUGCUGAAGGCGCGGGUGAACGACUCGGAGCGGAACCCCAACCUCUCCUGCAAGCGCACCCUCUCCUUCCAGCUCAUCCUGAAGAGCAAGGUGAACGCGCCGCUGGAGUGCUCCUUCCUGCUGCUGGAGGGGCCCUACGACGACGUCCAGAUCCGCCCCGUCAUCUACCACUUCGUCUUCAGCAACGAGAGCAACGAGACCGACUACAUGGCGCUGCCCAUCCUCGACUCGGUGGAGUGCAACAAACUGCUGGCGGCCAAGAACAUCAACCUCCGCCUUUUUAUAUUCCAGAUCCAAAAAUGAGACUCGGGGAGCCGGGGGG